UGUGGUCCAGGCCCGCUGUGGAAAUCCUAGCAGCCUUCCUAUAGGGCUUGAGGGGCGUCUCCUCUGACAGGCAAUCCUGGACAUCAGGCGGUGAACCGAGCCGCCGUCAGCCAAGGUGUCCUGCCCGGGGCACGAAGCCCACGGGGGUCUCAGGAUGGCGUCGGCGCUGGUGGACGCCAGGCAGCUGUUGUCGAUGAAGUGAGAAUUACUGUCUUGAUCUGGAAAUGGAGGCUCAGAGAUGAAGUGAGGUGGCUUUCACCUUUGAGGAUGUGGCUGUAAUUUUCACCCAAGAGGAGUGGGGGCAGCUGGCUCCAGCUCAGAGGACCCUGUACCAGGAGGUGAUGCUGGAAAACCGUGGGCUCCUGGUCUCUCUGGGGUAUCCUGUUCCCAGACCUGAGCUGCUGUGUCGACUGGGGCACGGGCAGGAGCUGUGGCCGGUGAUGAAAGACCUUUUCCCAAGCAUCAGUGCAGGUAACAAUGGAAAAACCAAGGCCACCGAACUUACCACUUGUGAGCCAGCCCUAUCUAAAGGAGUCUCACGCCAGGGCAAGUUAACAAAAGAAGCCUCAGAGGACUCCCAGUCAGUGCAAACUCCUGGUCAGAUUGGUUCUUCAGAAAUGCAGCAAGGACACUUUCAAACAGGGAUAGAGCCUCAGAGCAAGCUGCUUCCUGGGAAAAUCAGUCUUGGACGUGAUAGCUUAGUGACAGCUGAAGACAUGUGUUCAGAGGUUAUACAGAAGCACAUUUCUUCAGGAAAUGCUGUCAGUAAUUGUCGCUCGAAUGAGUCAGAUAAGGACCCUGUAAUUCAGGAGGAGGAAAGUGUCUUUAGAUGUCAUGAUUGUGGCAAAGUAUUCAGCAAGAAGCGCCUCCUUGCUCGCCAUGAGAGGAGUCACUCUGGAGUGAAGCCAUAUGAGUGUAGGGAGUGUGGGAAGGCCUUCAGCAAGAGCACAUACCUUCUUCAACACCACAUGGUCCAUAGUGGGGAGAAGCCCUACAAGUGCAUGGAGUGUGAGAAGGCCUUCAACCGCAAAUCCCACCUUACACAGCACCAGCGGAUCCACAGUGGGGAGAAGCCUUAUAAAUGUGAUAAAUGUGGCCGAGCUUUCACACACCGCUCUACUUUCGUCUUACAUAACAGGAGCCACACUGGAGAAAAACCUUUUGUUUGUAAAGAAUGUGGAAAAGCUUUUCGAGACAGGCCAGGCUUCAUUCGACACUACAUCAUCCACAGUGGGGAGAACCCGUAUGAAUGCUUUGAGUGUGGCAAGGUCUUCAAACACAGGUCCUACCUCCUGUGGCACCAACGGACUCAUACUGGGGAGAAGCCCUAUGAGUGCAGUGAGUGUGGGAAAGCAUUUUGUGAGAGUGCAGCCUUGAUCCACCACUAUGUGAUCCACACUGGGGAGAAGCCCUUUGAGUGCCUCGAGUGUGGCAAAGCCUUCAACCACAGGUCGUACCUCAAGAGGCAUCAGCGCAUUCACACUGGGGAGAAGCCUUAUGUGUGCAGUGAGUGUGGAAAAGCCUUCACCCACUGCUCCACUUUCAUCUUGCAUAAAAGGGCCCACACUGGAGAAAAACCCUUUGAGUGCAAAGAGUGUGGGAAAGCCUUUAGCAAUAGAGCUGACCUUAUUCGACACUUCAGCAUCCAUACUGGAGAGAGGCCCUAUGAGUGCACAGAAUGUGGGAAGGCCUUCAACCGCAGGUCAGGACUCACAAGGCACCAGCGGAUUCAUAGUGGGGAGAAACCUUAUGAAUGUGUUGAGUGUGGGAAAACCUUUUGUUGGAGCACAAACCUCAUCCGACACUCCAUCAUCCAUACUGGAGAGAAACCCUAUGAGUGCAGUGAAUGUGGGAAGGCCUUCAGCCGCAGCUCAUCCCUCACUCACCAUCGAAGGAUGCACAGUGAGAGGAACCCUACCAGUGAAGCAGGUGAGGAAAAGCCUUUCACAAGUGGGCAGACUCCUGUCAACAUCCAAGAACUUCUAUUGGGAAGUGACUUUUUUAAUAUAACCACUGAGGAAAGUCUUUUCCAGGCAGACACAUCUUGUGUAGCACCUGCUAAUUCAUACCAAAGAGAAACCCUGAAAGUGUCUUCACUGUGAGAAAACUUGUUGCAGAUUGCUGCUUGUCCUAUGAAAACAUAUUAGAAAUUGAGCAUUAUUUUCCCCCUGAGAAAGUAGGAGAGACACCUAGUCGUUGUUUUGCACUCAUGAAAACCUUCCCAGGUGUAUCUCUCUCCUACUUUGCAGUGUAGUGUUAGUUCAGGAGGUGAUAUUUUUGUGAUAAGGAGGUGACAUAGGGAUGAAAAACUUAAGCACUGCUUUCACACUGUCCUGCCAAGUCUUUGCCAUUUGCUAAUGGAUUUCUAAUGUGGGUGAGAGUGAAGGAGUAAAGGAUGAUAACCCUUUA